UUCUAACAAUAAUCAGACAUGGCUGCCUGCAGGAGAAUUUCAACGUGCCUAACACAUUUUUCUAGGGCUUUGACACAAUUAGAAAGUCAAAAUGGUGUCAAAGUUGGUCAGCAGAUAUAUUUGAACAAGAGACUUACGCUUUUACAAAACAGACAUUGUUCAGUUGCAGCAAAAAGCGAGGCAAGUCAGUUGGAAACUUUACUAAAAUCAGGGUCACUUGAUGAAGUAAUGGGAUCAGUGAAUUUCAAAACAGAUGUUUAUUUGUUUGGAAUGCCACAUAACACAAGCAAAGAUGAGAUUGAAAGAUUUUUUGAAGGAUUGGAUAUGGAAGAUGUUUGUCAUGUGAAUACUGGUAGAUCUAAGCUGAAGGAGAUUUAUUAUAUACGAUUCAAGGACGAAGAAAGCAAAACAAAAGCUUUAGCCAAAGAUAAAGAGAAAAUUGGAGACAGAUAUGUAGAAAUAAAAGGUGCUGAAUCCAAAUAUAAGUUCGGACAACUGAUGUUAAGAGAAAGAUCAAAAUGUAUAUCACUUGCAAACGUACCAUUUGAUUCCAAUAAAGAACACAUCAUUCAGUGGUUCCAACCAAUUGAAGUUCGUCCAGAAGAUGUAGUGUUUAUUAGAAGAGGAACUUGUAUUGUUCAUUUACAAAAUGACAGUGAUGUUCUAGAGGCAUUUAAAAAGAAUCAUUCGGAUUUAGGUGGAAGAAAAGUAAAUAUGGGAGGCUUCAUUACUAGAGAUGCUCAAAAGGAGUUUGAACAGAAAUAUUUGUGAUGAGCUGUGGAGUUAGACUAUCACUUGAGGAGUAGCUAAAAAGGAAAAUUAUAUAACUAAAAUAGAAAUUACAGGAUGUGAUAAUUUUCAGGAAUAUUAUUGAAAAUAAAGUUUCUGAUAACCAGAA